AGAGGUGGCGGGUCCGGGGCACAGAGGAUGGGGGCUGGUAUGCCACCCCCCUAUGGUGGUAUGAGGGGCAUGAACCAGAGCAUGGACCAGUCUAGGAAGAGACAUGCCCAGGUGGAGGCCCAAAAGAAAUCACAAAGCAACAGGAAGAAAAAGAAGAUGGCCGACAAGGUGCUUCCCCAGAGGAUCCGAGACCUGGUCCCAGAGUCCCAGGCCUACAUGGACCUGCUAGCCUUUGAGCGUAAGCUAGACGCCACCAUCAUGCGCAAGAGACUGGACAUCCAGGAGGCAUUGAAGAGGCCUGUCAAGGUAAGAUUGAUUAUUGUCCCACCCAUUGAUUCUGAUGUCUUUGUUUGUGCCUGGACCUGAGGAUGUGGCCUUUGGGUGCUGUCAGUCUGUGUGUAUACCUGGGCCCUGUUUCACAAAACUUGUCAUCAGUGACAAAUGACAGUUUUUGUUAUAAGCUACUGAAAUCCUUGCUUCUGAUUGGUUAUCAGUAGAUUUGUCACUGAUUUGUGUCACUUGUCAUUGAUAAAGGGCUUUUUGAAACGGGUCCCAGGUUCCUACAGGAGAUGAGAUUUGCAGCUCCGGUGUGCCCUAUGCUUGAAGUUGUUUCUUUAAACUGCUGGGGCUUACCGGUAGUUGCAAGCUUGGUUAAAGGAUCUAUCUAUGUCUGCAAAUUUGAAAAACUGAAGAAGGAAACUGUUUCCAUGACUUAAAUAUUUACAUGGGAAAAAGUGUUAAUAUAUAUAUUUUUUAAAUCACAAAUUAGACCUCGAAAAGCAACAAAUCUUCUAAAAAUUACUUUACUGGGUUUCAACCGUUAUCCACUGAGAAGAAGAAACACUGUAGUCACAUCACUACCAGGCCAUUGUUUUAGAUUUGCAAACCUGCUUCAUGGCAGCAGACCAUUCUACUUUGUGCUGCACAUCAAAAUACAGUCUGGAUAUCGAGGCUAUAAAUGGUAAUCCAACAAUACCGGUAGGCAUUCUCACACCUUUGUAACUUGUCCAAGAGAGGGCAGUGUGUUGCACAGGGAGCAGCUCAUUGGACAGGAGGGCCAGCUAGCCACGCCCUUCCCAUUUCCUGGAGUACCGGCCCACGAACCGCCUUCACAUUCACGCACCCCUCUGGAUUGACCCGCCCCUACGAGGUUACCCCAAUUGCUCUUGAUCGAUAUCGGUCAUACGUGGUUACCCCUCUGUAUCGGUCCAACAAUCUGAUGAAACGCAUCCUGAUUCCAUUUAAAUGGUCUGCCCUUCAACAAAAGAAUUAGACCAUAGAAAACUAAUAUUGUUCUUUAUCUCUUGAGCACCACGCUGUGCUUGUGAUUCCGCUAUUGUAGUUAUCCAUCUCAGACCAUCCGUUGAUUGCCUGUUCUAGGUACCUGUGUGGGGCUCAGGGUUUGACUGAUAGGUCUAGAUUGCAUUGUCAGGGUUUAGAAUGGAGUAAAGUAGGGCAGGUCAAAGGGACGUCAGACACGCCUUCAAAGGACAGUAUCAAUCUUGAACUUUCACAUUUUCUUUUUUCAAAAUCAGAUUUCCAAAAGGAAUUGGUGAGAAGGAUGAUUAUUAG